GCUUCAGUGUCAGACACACCCAUCAAAGUGUCCGAACUCAGUAUAUACACUUUCACAAAGCCCACCCAAAAUGCCUAUCCUCGAAAUUUGUCUCCUGAAAACCUCCCCCAACCUUCCUCACACAUCCCCCGUCUUUCUCUCAGCGCUCCAGAAGGCCCGAACCCUCCUCGCCCAAAAAGUAGUGAAUACAAACUCCCGCUUCUACCGGUGCAUCGAAGACCCUUCUCUGAUCUACAUCCUUGGAGUUUGGCCUUCUUUAGCUCGACACAAAGAAUUCCUGGCUUCUCCUCAGAAAGCCGAGAUCUUGGAUGAACAAAACGAGCUUUUUGAAUUCCAAUGGAUCAUUCACAUUGAGAUUGGAGAAGGAGGUAUGAAGGAGUUGCCGUUGGAGGCACCGAUUUUGGGAAUUACAAGGCUAUUCAUCAAAGGGGACGCGAGGGAGACGUAUCAGGAGGUGGUGCAUAGGUCAGCAAGCGUGGUUGAUGAAGGGACGAAGCCGUUCAAGGUGGUGAAAGAGUGGAGGAUUGAUUGUGAGGAGGGGAAAUUUGAACAUGUUUUUGUUACUGGGUGGGUGGAGGAGGGUAGUCACGACGCAUUUACAAAGACGAUGAGAGAGGAACACCCAGAUUUUGCACCGAUGAGGGAUACUUAUGAAGGGACAGAAAUCAAGCAUGCAAGGGAUAUGGAAAAGUCGUUCUAGAAUUACGUUACCACCCACCGAGAGAUUGAUAUGCGUAUACGCUGUAAGGCGGUGUGAAAUCCUCUAUCCAGUUAUUCAGUUCCCAGUCCAUAUCGGGACCGAUCUCUGCCUGAUUGAAUCCCAGAUCUUGUAGCGCUGUAUCUUCAAGCAGCCAAGGUGU